AUGAGGGUAGAUGCCCAAGUCAUGGUUCUUUGUUGCCCUUCUUGUCAACACCAUGCCCCUGAGCACCACCAACCGACUAAUCUUAUGAUCCCCAUCACUUCGCCAUGGCCAUUCGAGCAGUGGGGGACUGACAUAAUCGGUCCAUUCCCCAGAGCCCCAGGCAACUAUGCCUACGUGGUGGUGGCAGUGGACUAUUUCACUAAAUGGGUCGAAGCAGAGCCCCUGAGGAGCAUCACCGGAAUGGCUGUUCAAAAAUUUUUCUGGAAAAACGUGGUCUGUCGCUUCGGACUGCCUCGAGUUGUCAUCUCGGAUAAUGGAAGGCAGUUCGCUGAUAACCCUUUCAAGGCAUGGUGCGAGAACUUGGGGAUCAGGCAACAUUUCACCUCGGUGGGCCACCCUCAGGCGAAUGGACAAGCCGAAAACUUCAACCGAACUCUCCUCCAUGGCCUCAAGACCAGGCUUCACCGGGUUGGAUCAUCGUGGAUGGAAGAGCUCCCCAGCGUGCUGUGGUCCUAUCGGACUACGACGAGGUCGGCGACUCAAGAAACACCAUUUUCCCUAACUUAUGGGUCCGAGGCUGUCGUUCCAUCCGAGUUCAUCACACCCAAUCCACGAAUGGCUGCGUAUGCUGCCGAAGUCAAUGAAGAGGAGCGGCGACUCGACCUCGACCUCGCCGAAGAGAAGCGUGAUAUGGCCGCGGCCAAAGUUGCGAUCUACAAAAAUAUCCUAGCUGGCUAUUACAAUGCUCGGGUCAAGAAUUUAAGAUUCAAUCCGGGAGACCUUGUGCUCCGGAAGAACUCGGUUAGCCGAGCUGAGCCUCAGGGAAAACUCAACCCAAAGUGGGAAGGACCAUAUCGUGUUGUUGAGUCCAGCCAAAACGGAUAUUGUAAACUAGCCUACCGAGAUGGUUCGCGGGUGCCCCGAACCUGGCAUGCUGAGAACCUUAAGUUGUAUUACCCUUGA